GACGCUUCUUUGAAUCUAAGGGACGGAUACGGGUCUUGAAAUCGGCGAAAUAUGCUGAAAUUAUGAAGAAAAUAUUUAAAGGAAACAAACUGAAGGUAAAAGCUCCUUCUCCUAGUCCUGCUGGAGAUGCAGAGUUUGCCUCCCCUGGUUAUUCGCUGAAGGAGAAGGAUUUACCGAAGCUGCACAAGGCGGCCUGGAAUGGUGACUUGGUGAAGUUGCAGCAACUAAGCAAAAAAGGAGAUGUCAACCAACUUGACAAGGAAAACAGGACUGCGCUUCAUUUGGCUUGUGCUCAAGGCCACAAGGAGCUUGCAGUUUUCUUGAUUUCCAGUAAAGCAAAGCUGAACGUGUGUGACAAUGAUCAACGGUCACCUCUUAUGAAGGGUGCCCAAGGCAACCAUAUCCGAUGUGUGGAGACACUUCUCAAAAACAAUGCUGACCCUAACCUAGUGGAUAAGGAUGGAAACACGGCCCUUCACCUUGGUGCCCAUGGGGGCUUUGUAGAUGUGGUUCUCCUUCUGUUGAAAGGUGGAGCCAUGGUCAAUGCUCCAAAUAAAAAUGGCAGCACGUCCCUCCAUCUGUGCACAGAUGCCAAGCAAGAUGUAAUGGUUGAGGUUUUAUUGGACAACGAUGCUGACGUCAAUGCAACUGAUAACACUAACAGGACUGCCCUGAUGCUAGCUUCUCAAUCAGACCAGAUUGGACUGGUCAAGUUACUGUUGGAUCGUAAAGCAGAUACUGAAAUCAAGGACAGUAAAGGAUGGACGGCCAACGAUCACGCAAUCAUGGGAGGAUUCCAUGGAUGCUCCCAUCUCAUAGAUGAGUUCAACUCCAACAGACGCCCUAGAGCAGCCGUUGUGAGACCAGGCUCUAGUAUGUUUGGCUCUACAGCUGGAUCUGAAGGAAUUGGACUUGGAUUCAGUCUUGGAGGUGGCGGUGGUGCUGCUGAUGAAUAUGAUGAUGAAGAGGAUGACAUAUCUGUUGGAAAGGACUCAUUUGGCGACGAUUCAUGGGGAGCUUCGGCAUCUGAGGCGGAUGAACCAGUAAAACCAAAGCCCAAGGUGUCUAAGGCAGUGAAACUGAGCAAGUUUGUGGUGGAAUCCGACAAUGAAUCUAUUCUAAGCUUUGAUGCAUCCCAAAGAUCAACAGCCUCCAAGUCCCGCAUUCCUCGAGCAGUCUCCAAGGACAGCCUUGCCAGUGCAAGCAGCGCCCGCUCUUCAGCUCGGACCAACCAAGACAGCAGCAAGAUCCCACGCAAGUCUAAACUGGGUGAUCCCACUCCUGACACCAAAUUGACUCCAGCUAAACAGGCUAAGGUCAGAGGUCACUCUGUUAGUGAGACUGAUCCAUGGGAUUCUCCCACCCCAACACCCAGAGAUAGUGCCCCUCCUGUUAAUAGCUAUACACCCAGAGGGCCUCCACUCUCAGCAAGGAGCAGCGUCAUUUCUGUUGGAGAGAGUGGCAGUGAAUGGGACGAUGACGAUGUGUUAGGUGCUCUUGAAGGAAUUCCAUCGCAAAAAAUGCCAAAUAUAUCAGAAGAGAAGAAUGACCAUCAGAUAACAGCCAAGCGUAAUGGUGAGGUAGAGAAACGCCCACUUAGCUCACAGGACAAGCAGCAAAGGAAAGAUGUUCUGAAUAAACUCGGGAUGAGUGACGUGGAGGAUGAUGAAGAGGAUUCCAGUCUUCAUUUUACUGAUUCAGAAGUCAAGAAAGACUCCACCGUCAAACGAGGUCUCCAGAACCCAAUCAUCAAAGCUAAUAGUAACCCUUUGUCCUCCAAAGAACCGGAAGGGAACGAAGAGGAAGACUCAGACUGGGACUCUGACGAUGACCUUCUUCCAUCCAAUACGUCAAACCACACUGGAGAUGUUGCAGCUAAGAAGCCUGUUGACUUAAGAAUCCAAACCAACUCAGAUAGCCUAGCCUCCAAGACCAAACCGACCCCAUCAUCAGCGGUUAUAUCUUCACCACGCUCCCCUGUUCCAGGCGUCUCACCCCGAAUCGAGAGGAAAUUACCAUCACUCCCAAAUCAGGAGAAUAAAGAACAGGCAAGAGGGCUGUCUGGAAGGUCAGGGGAGAGCCCUAAGAUUGAUACAGGAACAACGGAGGAGGAUGAACCCGAGGGUGAGGAGGAGGAAGAAGGAGGAGAUGGGGAGGAGGGGGAGGAGGAGGAAGAUGAUGAUUGGGAUUCUGAAGAUGAUGAUGUUGAAGAGGAGAGUGAAUGGGAGAAGGCAAGGAAGUUGCAGCGAAGGGCAAGUGUUCAUGAGGAGUUAAAGCAGGCCGAGAAAACAGAGGCUCAGCGGCAGAAACUGUGGGAGGCUGAAGAGGCAGAACGCGAAAAGCAAAGGAAGAUUGAAGUUGAAGCAGAGCUACGAAGGGAACAGGAAGAAAUAGAGAAGGAGCGACGAGAGAGAGAAGAGGCGGAGAAAGAAGACAGAGAGAGGGAGGAACGAGAGAGGAAGGAAAGAGAACGUAAGGAGGAGGAGCAACGUGAGGAGGAAAGGAAGAAACAUGAGGCUUUGAAGCAAGAGGCUGAGCGACUAAAGGCUGAGCAGCGAGAAAGGGAAGAAGCAGAACAGAGGCGAAGGGAUGAAGAGAAGAGAGCUGAUGAUGAGAGAAAACAUAAAAUAGAAGAAGAACGUUUGGAGAGGAAGAAACAGGAGAAGAUGGAGGAAGAAAAGAGACUAAGGGCAAACAGGGAGCUUGAGGCAGAAGAACAGAGGCUAGAAGAGGAACUUAGGAAGGAGAUGGCGGAGAUGAAGACUGUGGAAGAAAAGAAUGAAGCAGAGCGACUGUUUCUUGAGAGAGAGCGAAAACGACUUGAGGAGGAAAGGCAGAAGGAGGAGAUGAGAAGAGAUGAAGAAAAGAGGCUUCUGGAAACGGAGAUGAGAUGUGAGCAGGAGAGGAUUGAGGAGGAGAGAGUUAAGUUACAGGAUGAGAGGCGUGCUCAGGAAAAACGUCUUGAAGAUGAAAGGAGAAAGGUUGAAGAUGAAAGGAAAAAAGUUGAAGAUGCCCAGAAAAAUGCGGAGACUGCCCAGAAAAAGGUUGAAGAUGUCCAGAAAUUGGAGAAGCAGAAUCUUGAGAGAGAAAUGAAGAGGCAAGCAGAAGAAAUGAAACAAAAAUUAGAAAAACAGGAAGAGGAAUUGAAACAGAAGUUAAAAAGACAGGAAGAAGAAAGAAAGAAAAUUGAAAAAGAUAAAGAUGAGCUCAAUACCUUGCGGCGAAAGCAAGAAGAAACACGGCUUAAAAUGGAUGAGGAGAGAAGGCGAGAAGAAGAUAAAAGAAAAUGGGAAGAAGACAGCCUGAGGAAGAAAGAAGAACAUCUUGAAAACGAACGGAAGAAGAUAGAGGAAGAAACCAAGAAACGACAGAGAGAAUUGCUACAAGGGAUAUCAUCUCAGAAUGAAACAGAGAAGAAACAAUUUGAAGAUGAACUACGGCGUCUGGACGAAGAACGGGAACGAAGAGAGGAUGAAUUCGAAGAAGAAAAAAUGAAGCAAACGGCAGAGAAGACAUCUCUUCAGAGAGAAAUUGAGAGGCUCAAGGAAGACAGGUUGAAGUUAGAGGCUAAGCAGCAAGAGGCAGAAAAGCAGAGACAGUUGAUGGAGUCUCAACGUGAGGAAGAAGUCUUGAGAAUGACGCAAGAGCUGACGCGAGAGAAAGAACAGCGGAAAGCCGAGAAACUACGUCUUGAGAAAGAAAAUGAGGAAAUAGAACGCAAGAGGAGAGAGAUUGAAGCCAUGAAACGCGAUGCAGAGAAGAAGGAAUCUGAGAGGUAUCUUCAAAGAUAUCAGAAGUCCAUUGAGAAGAGGCUUCAGGAUGAGGAUGGGAGCGAUGUCCA